AUGGAAAGAGUUGAUGAUUCAAAGCUGCCAAGCGAAAUCAUAUGCUUGAACAUACUCCCAAGGCUACCGCGAGAGUCUUUGAUGCGCUUUCGGUGCGUUUGCAAGUCAUGGAAAACUCUCCUCACCGCCAACCCUGUAUUUCGGAGCAUCCAUCUAAACUUCCACCCCCACAACAGUACUACUCACCUCCUUCUAGACGCUUACGGCUCAUCAGACCCCUUCGUAAUCCGAAAGCACUACCUUCUCCUCGUCAAAGCCAGCCAAGAAGGAACUGCUCCAUCACAUGUCACUGACCUUGUGACACUGCCCGAUUCAUUCAUCAACAUGCGAUAUGCUAAUGGCUUGGUAUUAGGCUACUUUGGUCGGAAUGAUCCCAUUUAUAUAUUUAAUCCCUUCACCCGAGAGUCUAUUAUUGUUCCCUCUCCUACUCCACCUGUCGACCAUUAUUUAGACCUGUAUUUCGGGUUCAGUCCUAGUACAAACGAGUAUAAGGUUGUCCAUAUGGCAACCCAAAAGACUUAUAUUGCAGCUCUUGACAUUGGAGAGGAGAGGUUCAGAAUCAUACGAGUGCCUAGUGAAUUAGUUGAAGAAGUAUGGAGAAUUAUUGAAGUGGAUGGAUGUCUAUGUAUAGUAUCAUCAUUAUGUUUCUGGAGGAUGGAUGUGAUGUUGUGGAUUUUGAAGGACUACGAACAUCAAGUGUGGGUUAAGGAGCCCGUCGCCCGUAGCCCUCCGGAAUAUCCUGCUUCUGACUUGCCUCUGGAAUACCGUGCUUCUGACUUGCCUCUAUGUACCAUCCACACAGUUUGCAAUCAUAUAAAUCUGGCAGAUAAAUGA